CACAUUGUCGUAUACUCCGUUUGCACUAUAUCCCAUUAUUUCUCCAUCUCUGUUCGUGACUGGCGUUUGUGACAAGUUCGCUUUAUUUUAUUUAAAUCUAGCUGCAAUAAAUAAAGGAGACAAUAGCAAGAUGUUCUUAACACGUUCAGAAUACGAUCGCGGUGUGAAUACAUUCUCCCCAGAGGGUCGUUUGUUCCAAGUGGAGUACGCAAUCGAGGCGAUAAAGCUCGGUUCGACAGUCAUCGGGAUAUCCACCUCCGAAGGAGUGGUUUUAGCAGCAGAAAGGCGUAUAACAUCGCCUCUGAUGGAGCCAACGACAAUCGAGAAGAUCGUCGAAGUCGAUAAGCAUAUUGGGUGCGCUGGAUCUGGCCUGAUGGCUGACUCGAGGACCAUGAUCGAUCGUGCUCGUGCUGAAUGCCAGAAUCACUGGUUCAUCUACAACGAGAAGAUGAGCGUUGAGUCUGUUGCCCAGGCGGUGUCCAAUUUGGCUAUACAAUUUGGGGACAGUGAUGACGAUGGUAGUGCUAUGUCGAGACCCUUUGGUGUUGCUAUCCUAUUCGCUGGAAUUGAUGAGAAGGGGCCACAGCUCUUCCACAUGGAUCCAUCAGGGACUUUUGUCCAGUUCGAUGCUAAGGCCAUUGGCUCGGGGAGUGAAGGUGCACAGCAGUCACUUCAAGAAGUCUUUCAUAAGUCCAUGACUCUGAAAGAAGCCAUUAAAGCAACGAUAACAAUUUUGAAACAAGUUAUGGAAGAGAAAUUGAAUGAAACAAACAUUGAGCUCAUGACGAUGACACCGGAGGCCAAAUUCCACAUGUUCUCUAAGGAGGAAUUGCAGGAGGUGAUUAAGGACAUUGCUUGAAUAAAAUUUUUACUUACAUUUUACAAAAAUUGUUAAUUAAGAGAAGCAAGAAGUUAUCCCGCUGCACUAUUCUUCAUCAGUGAACAUCGACGGUUCCGUUAAAACUCCUUUUUUCAUACAUGAAAAUGAUAAUUAACUUAAAUAAAGCCACUGAAAUGAAUCCAGUCA